GAGCAGCAUGCGUCAUUCAGAGAACAACAAACGGAGAGUGAAAAGCAAACGCGCGCCAACUACAGCGUGAGAAUCAAGUGUGCAACAAUUGAAACUGUGAAUUAUACGACCGAAAUACAUAAACUGGUGGGCUUAUUUGGCCAAGAGUGAAUCGAAAUUGAAGUGAGCUUGGAAAUACAUUCGUCACACAUAUUAUUGUGAAAAUGCCGUCUGCAAUUGGAAUCGAUUUGGGCACGACGUACUCGUGCGUAGGAGUGUUUCAGCAUGGAAAGGUGGAAAUCAUUGCCAACGACCAGGGCAACCGAACGACACCGAGCUAUGUUGCCUUCUCGGACACGGAGCGGCUUAUCGGCGACGCGGCCAAGAAUCAGGUGGCCAUGAACCCCACAAACACCGUGUUCGAUGCGAAACGAUUGAUCGGACGCCGGUAUGACGACCCGAAGAUUCAGGCCGAUCUGAAACACUGGCCGUUCACGGUAGUGAACGACUGCGGCAAACCAAAGAUUCAGGUGGAAUUCAAAGGAGAACGCAAGACGUUUGCGCCAGAGGAGAUCAGCUCGAUGGUGCUGACAAAAAUGAAGGAAACGGCUGAGGCAUACCUGGGUCACUCGGUGAAGAACGCAGUCAUUACAGUUCCAGCCUACUUUAACGACAGCCAGCGACAGGCUACGAAGGACGCCGGUGCCAUCGCGGGUCUGAAUGUGAUGCGCAUCAUCAACGAACCGACAGCGGCCGCAUUGGCUUACGGAUUGGAUAAGAAUCUGAAAGGCGAACGCAACGUGUUGAUAUUCGAUCUGGGCGGAGGAACGUUCGACGUGUCCAUACUGACCAUCGAUGAGGGCUCGCUGUUUGAGGUACGAGCCACUGCCGGGGACACCCACUUGGGAGGCGAAGAUUUCGACAACCGAAUGGUGGCACACUUCGUAGAGGAAUUCAAGCGCAAGUACAAAAAGGACCUAUCGAAGAACGCCCGGGCACUGCGACGCCUGAGAACGGCUUGCGAGAGAGCGAAGCGAACGCUUUCCUCCAGCACAGAGGCAACGAUCGAGAUCGACGCCCUGAUGGAUGGAAUCGACUACUACACGAAAAUAAGCCGUGCACGCUUCGAAGAGCUUUGCUCGGAUCUAUUCCGCUCUACGCUGCAUCCGGUGGAGAAAGCCCUCUCGGACGCAAAGAUGGACAAGAGCUCUAUUCACGACAUCGUCCUAGUGGGUGGCUCUACCCGCAUUCCGAAAGUACAAUCGCUGUUGCAGAACUUCUUCUGCGGCAAAUCGUUGAACCUGUCGAUCAAUCCCGACGAGGCGGUGGCCUACGGUGCGGCGAUCCAAGCGGCUAUUCUGAGUGGUGAUAAGGAUGAAAAGAUCCAGGACGUGCUGUUGGUCGAUGUGGCUCCGCUAUCUCUGGGAAUCGAAACCGCCGGAGGAGUGAUGACGAAGCUGGUCGAGCGCAACUCGCGUAUCCCGUGUAAACAGACGCAAUCCUUCUCGACCUACGCGGACAACCAGCCGGGUGUAUCGAUCCAGGUGUUUGAGGGCGAGAGAGCGAUGACGAAGGAUAACAAUCUGCUGGGCCAGUUCGAUCUCUCGGGCAUUCCGCCGGCACCGCGCGGUGUGCCAAAGAUCGAGGUCACGUUCGAUUUGGACGCGAACGGCAUUCUGAACGUGUCGGCGAAGGAAAUGAGCACUGGCAAGGAGAAAAACAUCACGAUCAAGAACGACAAGGGCCGCUUGUCGCAGGCUGACAUCGAUCGCAUGCUGUCCGAUGCGGAGAAAUUCCGCGAGGAGGAUGAAAAGCAACGGGAGCGUGUUGCCGCGCGCAAUCAGCUCGAGGCGUACUGCUUCAGCCUGAAACAAUCGCUAGAGUCAGCCGGUUCGAAGCUAAACGAAAGCGACCGCAAAACGGUAGCGGACCGGUGCAACGAGACCCUGCGCUGGAUCGAUGGGAACAGCAUGGCAGAGAAGGAAGAGUACGAUCACAAAAUGCAAGAGCUUACGCAAUCCUGCAGUCCGAUCAUGACGAAGCUGCAUCAGCAAUCAGGAGCCGGUCCAUCGCCGACCAGUUGUGGACAGCAAGCUGGCGGGUUCGGUGGACGUUCAGGACCAACAGUAGAGGAAGUGGAUUAAGAGAAGAAAAAUGCGUCCAGUUUCAGCGAUAAUGCCGCCAAGGCGAACAAGAAGACUGUGUUAAUAACUGUACACAAAUAUGAAUAAGUAUUUGAAUAGGAAAAUAAUGUAUUACUUAUAUUAUUAAGUUAUUUGCUGUAUCGCAAGAAAUGUUCCUCGUUGAAUAAAGGAUGAUAAUUGAAAGUAGAAUAUGAAAAA